AUGUUUCUAGUCAAUUGGUUCUAUGGUGCACUGGGUUAUCUUGGCCUCUACCAAAAGAAUGCAAAACUUGUAUUUCUAGGUCUGGAUAACGCUGGCAAAUCCACCUUACUUCAAAUGUUGAAAGAUGACAAAAUGGCCCAGCUUGAGCCUACUACACAUCCACAAUCAGAAGAACUGGUAAUGGGGAGUAUCCGCUUCCGUACCUUUGAUUUGGGAGGCCACGAAAUUGCUAGAAAAAUCUGGAAAGACUAUUUAGGAAGCGUUGAUGGGAUAGUCUUCAUGGUUGAUUCAUCAGAUAGAGAACGGUUCGAUUUAUCAAGAAAUGAACUUAAUGAGCUAAUGUCGAUGGAAGAGCUACAAAAUGUUCCUUUUAUUAUUUUAGGCAAUAAAAUUGACCUUGAUGAUGCAGCGAGUGAAGAAGAGCUUAGAAAUGCUCUGGGAUUAGAAACAUAUGGGUAUUAUGGAAAAGACUUAAAAUCACAGACAGGGGUAAGACCGAUUGAGCUUUUCAUGUGCUCAGUGGCAAGAAGAAUGGGGUAUGCUGAAGGAUUCCGAUGGUUAAGUCAAUUUUUAAAGUAA